CCACGAUCUGACCCCCGAAAUCCCCACGUUUUCGCCUUUUUUAGAGUACUAAAAGAGACAAAAUACACUUAAACAAUUCGGCAUUCCAUUAAAUACCGACCACCAAUGCCAUAGAUUAACCUUUCUUUCAACAAAAGUCUUUAUCCUCCCCCUGCCUUGGGUUAUAUAUGGCUGACCCUAAUAAUCCCACCAACGUGCCUCAAUUAGACCAACCUUGCUCUCACUCGCCCGUACCAUCAUCAUCCUUACAAGACCCAAACAUCCAAGUCCCACACCCCCUCCCAACAAGUACUCACACGUGCGAUAACCCAUCUCCCACGUGUGACAAAUUUCCUCCCAUUGCUCCCAAAUCCAAUAUGGCCUCAAGCUCCUCCGGGAAACACCCAAUGUAUCGUGGAAUCCGGUGCCGGAGCGGUAAAUGGGUGUCCGAAAUCCGUGAACCACGCAAAACUACGCGUAUAUGGCUCGGUACGUACCCAACGCCAGAAAUGGCUGCGGCUGCCUACGAUGUGGCUGCCCUAGCCCUAAAAGGCGGCGAGGCUGCUGUUAACUUCCCUGGCUCUGUUGCUUCGUAUCCGCUUCCUGCUUCCGCAUCGUCCGCGGAUAUACGUAAAGCAGCUGCAGCAGCUGCUUUACUAAAAAAGGCUGAAACAACAAGUGAGAUUAAUCUAGGAACAGGUCAUCAGGCCAAAAAUGAAGAAAUGACGACACAAGAAUACGUGGACGAGGAUGCUCUUUUGAACCUGCCAAAUUUGCUGGUGGACAUGGCAGAGGGACUUCUGGUGUCACCGCCGAGAAUAAGCUCGACGCCAUCCGAUGACUCGCCGGAGAACUCCGAUGGAGAAAGCUUGUGGAGCUAUUAAUUCAUAUCGAUUUUUCUAAUAAUGCUGCUAGGAGAUCCUAUUUUUGGUCUUGCGAUCAUUUUCACUAAAUGUGGGCUCGAAAAGAAGGAAGCGAGUUUGAAAAUGAAGAAAGAAACAGAAAAGGAAAGAAAAAAGAAGUAGGCCUUGGCGGAAUUUAAUGCAUCUUUGUGUGCAUUAUUGUCUGCCUUGGAAAGAAUUUUUACAUAAUAUUAAAUAAAGACAAAAUAUGGGAAAACAAAAACCAGGAUUUUUAUGAAUAUGAUACAAAGAUUUCCAACACGUAAUUAAAUUUUUGGAUUUAAGCCUCUGAUUAGGGUUCCAAUAUUUCUUUGCUUACGAGUGCUGUUGUGGUAUACAGAUAGAAAUAAUGUAAUAUUGGCUUGUUUGUAA